AUGUUUCUAGUGUCAGAACGAGAUUGGAGAACAACCUUUCUCCCAGCUUUUAGAUAUUGUGCCAAAGCCGGAGUGUAUAGCAUGAUGUGUAGCUAUAAUAGCAUCAAUGGUGUUCCAGCUUGUGCCAACAAGAAAUUAUUAACCGAUAUAUUACGCAAGGAAUGGGGGUUUACUGGGUAUGUAAUCAGUGACCAGGUUGCCAUAGAGAACAUGGUUUGGGCUCAUAAAUAUGUACACAGUAAUAUUGAUGCUGCUGUAGCAGCAGUUGAUGCUGGUGUCAACCUUGAACUGACUUGGGGCCCUAAUCACAACGUUGCUUUUGAUACUAUAGCCAGUGCUGUGAGAAGUGGUAGAUUAAGUGAAAAUUUACUAAGAGAAAGGGUUAAACCUCUAUUCUACACCAGAAUGAGAUUAGGGGAAUUUGAUCCUCAAAAGUAUAGCCCAUAUUCCUACAUUACUAUGUCAGUAAUAGAAGGACAGGAACAUAGAGAUUAUGCCGUAUCAUCAGCCAUGAAGACAUUUGUUCUACUGAAAAACGAUGGUCUGUUACCUUUACGACAAACAAUUUAUAAUAAAAUAGCUAUCAUUGGUCCAAUGGCUGAUCUUCCUACUGCAUUAAGUGGAGAUUAUCAAACUUAUCCUGACUGGAAAUUUAUCACCACGCCGCGUAGAGGUUUGGAAUCUUUAGGAAGACAUGCCAACUAUGUUCAAGGCUGUAAAGAUACUCUCUGCAAUUCCUAUGAUUCUAAUUCUGUUAAAAACGCAGUACAGGGAACUGACGUGGUCUUCAUCUGCGUAGGGUUGGGGAUUGCCAUUGAAAGUGAAAGUAAAGAUCGCCAUGACAUAGAGCUACCUGGACACCAAAAACAAAUGAUUAUGGAUGCUGUUGCUAACAGUGGAUCAGCUAAAAUAGUUUUGAUAACUUUUAAUGGUGGACCUGUUAAUAUCCAGUGGGCGGAUCAAAGUCCCCGAGUCAAUGCUAUCAUCGCCGCGUUUUAUCCUGGUCAAGGGACAGGCACAGCGCUGAAGAAUGUAAUGACCACCACGAAUAAAUCACAGUUUGGACGAUUGCCCUAUACUUGGUUCGUAUCUUCUAAUCAGGUUCCAGCAAUGGUUGACUACUCUAUGAAGGGGAGAACCUAUCGUUAUUUCCAAGGAGAACCUCUCUAUCCAUUUGGUUAUGGUCUAACAUACACUACGUUCCACUAUGGUAAUCUAAAAAUGGCAGGAAGUGUAACGGCUGGUCAACAAUUACAUGGUUCUGUAGACGUUACAAAUAGUGGAAACGUUCAGGCUGAUGAGGUUGUUCAAGUCUAUAUUUCCUGGGCUCAAACAGCUAUACCAGCACAACAAAGACAACUUGUAUCCUUUGAACGAAUCACAAUUCCUGCUCAUGGGCACAAAACAGUAAAAUUCACAAUACAAGCUGACCAGAUGGCACUUUGGAUAGAUAACAAUGGAUGGAAAGUCGAAGCGGGAAGAAUAAAUGUAUUUGUUGGUGGUCAACAACCAAACCAGAAGAAAUCAGUUGGUUCCAAUAUUUUACAGAGUCAUUUUGAUGUACAUGGAGCUAAAUUGCUGGGUAGCUUUUAGAAGGUGUUAUUUAAAUAUUUAAUAAAUUA